GGUCUGACCCUCCGUGUCUCACACUCGGAACAAACUCUCCCCGUGAAACCCGCUCCUCCCGCGGGCUCUGUGCGCCAACAGCACCGGCAUUUCACCCGAGUCCGUCCGGGGGUAAAGUCCUAAGCUCCCCCCGGACUUGGAGCGCAGUUUUGUCGCAGUUUUGUCGCAGUUUUGUCGCAGUUUUGGUCACUUUUCCGCACUUGUUUUGGUCGUUGCGUCGCGCUCAGGCUGGUAGAAUAAUGUUGUUUCAGCUGUGGCUCACUACGCGCUGAAACGGGACAUGUUUGGACGGUGAGAAAACCGCAAAAAGGAGCUGAAACACGGCCAGGGACAAGAGAAGGAGCCGAGGACACGAGAGGACACGAGAGGACACGACAUGGCCGAGGCCCGCUCCGAAGAAGACGAGGAAAACAUGAGGGAAAGUCGAGAACAAGUGUCGAGGAGAGCGGCCAGCUCCGGAGGACGUCCCGACAGGCGUAAACCGGAGCAUCGACACAGUCAGGGUCCACUCUCCUCCAUACGAGCCGCCAUCAAGAGAACGUCCAACAGAUCCACGUCCCUGUUGGAAACGCCUCCCCGAGACCGAGACAGAGAGCGGGAACGAGAGCGAGACAGAAGACGUCCGGAGAUCACCGUCCUCUCUGCGGAGCCCAUCUCCUCCUGGUUUCCCGGGGCGGGGAUUCCUCCUCCUCCACCUCCUGCGGCUCAGAUCUGGGGCUCCUCCCUCAGCUCCUCCCUCGACGUGCAGCCUCCUCCGUCGUACGAGGAGGUCAUCCGCGAGAAGAACCAGGAGCAAGUGAUCGUCCCGGCCGCCGCAGCUCGUCCUCCGCCUCUGUCUUCAUCUCCACAACAGUCCGUUUGUACCACAACCAUCGCCACGCAGACGGACGCCGGACCCGCACCGGACGCACAAACGGACACGCAAGUCCGGAGACCGCUGCGACCCCCGAGACCGUCCGCGCCAAACUCCACGUCCAAACCUCCGAAAAACGCCAACACUGUGGACCGAUUAUUUGAUCUUUUACCGAACGGUGACUCUACUCCUUCCAUAUCCACCCAAACUCCACCUUUCACCUCCUCUGCGGCUGAAACGGACCACUCGGAGGCCGUACGGCAGCGUCCCAGGCCCCGCCCACGAUCCAAAAUCAACCUUCAGCCAGUCAGAGACGAGGUCAAAGUUCAGACGCUGGUCAAACUCCGAGAGGACGGACUGAAGACGCUCGCGGCGCGGAGAGCUAACGAGCAGACGUCAGACCAGGAGGUGCUCGGCGGGACGUACCUGCAGGAGCUCCUCGACGCCUUUAGCUCAGACGACUGGGGUUUCCCGGAGCAACGCAGCGCCAGCCAAUCAGAGAGCGAGGACGAGUCGAACCAGGAAGUAACUGAACGAGACGAGGAAGACGACAUGGCCACUCUAAGGGCACGGAUCCAAGCGUUUGAACAAAUGCAUGAUGGGAAUUUUGAAGAAACAAGAACUGACCCUUGUGCUCUGCCGAAGCCGCGUCCGGAGCCUAAACCGCGACCAAGGCUACCGCAAAAUAAACCCACCGUCUCGCCAAAACCGAAAAAUAUCACAAGUUCUGGUGACGUUUUAAACUCGGGAGAUUGCAAAGGAUUCUGGGAAGAUGGCGGUGAGAGCGUUGACAAAUCAGAGCAAAGCGAAACAUCUGAAAAGCCGCUGUUGGCUCCCAAACCAGAGUCAAACGCAGAUAACGCCGCACCCGUCCCGUUACCGAGACCCAGUCCUCCUCUGUCCCAACCCAGACUGCCUCCCAGACCCUCCAUCGCGCCCAGGAGUAAGCCCGGAGGAGCGCCCCAGGAACGAGGCUCGACCGCGGGGCCGACGACGCCACCGCUGCCCCCGAGACCCGCGGUGGACAUCAGGGUCAGAGCCAAGAUGGAGGCGGCGAACGGAGACGAGACCGCAGCCAAAACUGUGAAAGGUGGAAACCCUCGUCCGGACGUGCCCACAAAACCGACGUCAGUCACCUGUCGACGGUCCAGCGCUCCAAACCUGGUCUCAAACUUUACCCCGUGCCCAGACUCUGGUCCUGUCCCCAGUCGACCCUCGGGACCCCCCAGACCUGCCCUGAGGAAGUCCACGUCCGUCCAGAGCAGCGCGGAGCCUCCUCUCCCUCCACGACCAACAGGCGUCAAACUCCUCCCCCUCCGUCCUCCACCAAUCAAAUCCUUUCCCGGGCGCCCGCCUCCACCGAGUGUCAACACAAACUCCAACCCCCCGCCAUCUUUGACCAAAAGCCCCUCCUCCCCAUCACUACUGAGUGACGCUUUAGUCUCCACCAAUCAGACGCAAGGAGUCGCAACAUCGACCAAUCAGACGCAAGGAGUCGCACCAUCGACCAAUCAGACGCAAGGAGUCGCACCAUCGACCAAUCAGACACAAGGAGUCGCAACAUCGACCAAUCAGACGCAAGGAGUCGCAACAUCGACCAAUCAGACACAAGGAGUCGCAACAUCGACCAAUCAGACACAAGGAGUCACAACAUCCACCAAUCAGACGCAGGGUCAAAGGGCGUCAAAGAAAAGACCCCCUCUGCCUCCUCGACCUAAACCGGGGCAUCCUCUUUACAACAGCGACACGAAACAGGAAGUGCUGAUUGUCAUGGAUGACCCGAGCCCCGCCCCCUCAGAGCCCAACAGCCAAUCAGGCGACAGCUCUGGUCCGGUCUCUGCUCCUGUCACAGACUCCGUGUGCCUCCUGGAUUUGGAUCUGGAGCCGGAUCAGAACCAGGAUCCAAACCAGGGUCCAAACCAGACCAAAGCGGCUCUAGAGGGACUUUCACAAACACAGAACAUUCUGUCACUGGACUCGACUGAACAGAAGAAAGAGCCAGAGCCCACAACAAUAAGCGGCCCUCGUUGCGUCGCUUCCUUCGAUUACUCGGCCGUGGAGGAGGACGAGCUCACCUUCUCCCGCGGUGAUGUCAUAGCCCUCCUGGACGUAAUUGGAGGAGAUCCGGACUGGGGGCGGGGCCAGCUGCACGGACGAAUAGGAAUCUUCCCUUUGAACUUCACACAGACGGUGGAGCCUCUGCCGACGGCGCCACCUCCUGGACAAACGGACAAAACUCCACCGGAGAAAACUGGACCUGCGUCACACGGGUCUACGUCGGAGGAGUGGGCCGUGGCCGUGUUUGACUUCCCUGGUCAAACUGCAGAGGACCUGUGUUUCCAGAAGGGGGCGAUGAUCAGAGUGCUGGAGCGAGUGGACGCUGAGUGGAGGAGAGGAAGAGUGGAGGACAGAGAGGGACUGUAUCCUGCAGCGUUCACACAACCAGCCACUAAAGCUCAGCCAAUCACAGCGCAGCAUUCAGACGCCAAAGCCACGGCCCUGUUUGACUUCACAGCCGAGAACGACGACGAACUCACACUAAAGGUCGGGGACAUUCUGACCCAAGUCGAGCCCGUGGACGAGCAGUGGAUUAUGGGAGUUGUAGGCGAUAAACGAGGAAUAGUCCCUAAAAACUACAUUUCCCAGCUCACAUGACUUCCUGUUUCUCCAUUUUCAACCACGAGCCGCUCGACUUCGCGUUGACGCUACACAAACUCGGAGCUUUGAAACGGCUUAAAAGAAAAAAAAAUGGAAACUCCUGCUAGAUUUUUGUCACUUUAUUCAAAAACCUUUCUAUCUGACAUUUUUAACAUCGUUUUUGUCUGUUUUUUAUCAACACUCGGCGUUCAAAAGGUACCUGUUAGAAGGAAACAGCUGAAAUACGUUUAUUCUACAUUUUUACCGUCUAUAAAUGAAAUAGUUGUGUUUUUCAUGUUUUAAACAGUUUGUAAAAGGUCAGUGAGGAGAAACUUUGGACCAAACUGCAUUCAGAGCAUCUUAAUUCCAUCUAAUUCCCAACUAGCAUGCUAACAGUACACGUCCUGAUGCUCGGACAUUAAAAAGCUUUAUCAUUAGACACGUUUAGCUCAAAUCCAGGGGGAAAAAUUUGGUUGAUUAUGUUUCCUUGGCUUUUCAGAAUCCUUUUUUUUUGUGCUACAUUGAAUUAACGCUGCUCAAAACUGAAAAUUCGGAAAGGCACCUGCAAAAAGGAAACUUGGGAAAUGGUUGUUCAUUUUUGUGUCUGUUUUUUAAGGGAUUUAUUUGGGACCAAAACUUGGAUUUUUACUUCCGUCCUAUAUUUUUCAACACUACACGGGCUUGGAAUUAAACAUCUCACAAUGAAAUUUAAAGUUCUUUUUGACACUGACACAUUCCUGAUGCGUUUGUGGAUACUUGGUCAGAUAACGUUUCAAUGGGAAUAUUUGUUGGACCAAACAUUUCACAUUUUUAACUGGAUUUCUUCAACUUUCAGCUACAGACGACAAGGAAGUGUUCACGUUUAAAGACUGUCACGUUAAUGUUGUUGCUGAUGCUGCAUUUUCGCUCUAAUUUUGAUCGGAUUUGACCAAAUAAUGGAUUUUUCCCUUUGUUAUUGCUAAAAUCGUUUGAUUUAUGGAUUACUGCAAUAGUCUGUUUAUAUAAAUGGACAUAGCUAACCUGCUAGCCGCCGCCGUGCUCCAAACAGGAAGUGAUCAUGGGCGCACUUCCUGCUCCAUCGACUCGUCAUUUUGGUCUUAAAUGUUCGUAUUAACCCUCUACAUGAUCCUGGGGUUUUUAUUUCACUAUUGUGUCUGUAAAUCAAGAUCUGAACAUUAAUAACAGACAAAUCAGGCGGCUUCUUUCCUUAAGGUCGCUACUGCUAGCGUUAGCAACACUGUCAAUCAAACCUGUUUCUAAGGCGGGAGUGGGCGUUACCUUCAACAGUCUCGCUCCUGAUUGACUCUUUGAUUUGGCGCUUGGAUUUCCAAAUAUGGCCGCCGGUUGCAGGUUAGCCGCUAUAACUGCUAGCCUCUACGCGCUUCGUUUUGUUGAACUGAACGCUUUCGGUGACGCCGCUUCUUUAAACGGUCUGUGUUUACGUCUGAACUGAAGCUUUUUAAGGUCCUGUACCUGAUAUUGAACCACGACUUGAGAACGUGUUAUAGUUUGAUCGUUUAGCUCCGCCCACUUGGUCCUUUCUGCCGCGGUGAUCUCGCGUCGUGACACAGAAACAACUGUCUGGAAUAGCGUAAAGCGGUUGUUUCCUUAUGGUUCUCGAGUCUCUACUAAGAAUCGUGGAAAGCGUUUGCAUUUUCAAGAGUGACAAAAUAAUAUAAAUCUUACCGUAUGCUAACACGCUUCUGUGUCAGGUACUAAAACCAGGUACAGGCCCUUUAAAGGAUUGCUCAGUACAUGGCGACGCGCUAGCUAGCUCACGCCGUCUCAAAGCUAACAGUCAGUUUUAUUAAAAUCAGAAAACAUAAAAUAGAAAUUCAAAUUAAUUAAAAUGUAGAAUACUUCAUUAGUUCAUUAUGCCUCAAAAUUAGCAUUAGCGUUAGCGUUGAUCACUAGAGGACACUUCUGCGUUCAACUUGUUUUCAGUGACGUUCCUUUCCACUGUCUGACUCUAACCUCUGACCUCUGACCCCUAAACCACCUGCCGCUCCCUGUCCACUCCCUCAUCUUUAAAUAUUUAUUCACUUUAGCGUGACUUGGACGAAACCUCCUUUAGAUAAAACUGGACAGGAAGUAGUGACGCUAACAGUGAGGUAGAGGGCGCCGUUGUGCACAGAGCUCAUUAUCUUCUCUAUAUUCCACAGUACAGAUAUUAUUCUUGCGUCACCAUAGCAACAUAAACUUUAAAUAGCUGUAUUUGUUUUUUUAAGUCACAAAAUGAAACACUAUUAGAACGAGACGCACAUAAAGACGCUUUUAACACUAUUUGCAAAAAAAAAAAAAGCGCAUACUGUAUUUUAUAUUUGUCGCCCCUCAGUGGUCAGGAGUGGGAUUACGAGCUUGUUUGUGAAUAAGCAGUUCUCUGGUACAUUUUAAUUUGUUUUCACAGUUCAAAGCGUAAAUUUCAAAUGUUUUCCAUAAUUGGGCGUAACAUUUGUGUAAAGAUUUUGUCUCAGGUUGGUUCCCUGUAUUUGAACAGUAUUUUGGAAGUUUAAAGUGAAUCAUUUGCUCACAUUUCAGUUUGGAGUUGACAAAAUGUACUUCUCAAAACACUAAGUCAAACCAUUUCACUGUUUUAUUUAAAUUAGAAUAAAAAUAUUUGUUGUUGUUUUGUUGAGACAUGAAAACACGUUUUAAAAACACUGUAGAUAUGUCGCCAAACUUUACUGCAAAUAAAAUGUUCCGCAAUGUG